AUGUGGACGAGCGAUGAGGAUGAAAAGCUGUUGGCGCUCAUCGAAAAGCACGGCGCGCGGCGAUGGAACUCGCUCGCGAGCGCGAUGGAGACGAAAACCGCCAAGCAGUGUCGAAGGCGUUGGAGCGGCCACUUGACGACGGAAAUCAAAGAGCACGAGUGGACGGAGGCGGAAGAUCUCGCCCUGCUCGACGCGCACGAAAAGCUCGGUAACAAGUGGACGGCGAUCGCCAAGUUAGUGGGCGGGAGAACCGAUAACGGGGCGAAGAAUAGAUUCAAGGCGCUCGUGGACAAGCAG